AUUGACUCGGAAACAUAACGCGGUUCAAACAAGGGAACGCUAGGCAAAUAAAAUGGCAAAUGUCUUCAUAUUAGAUAACGGUGCAUACACUAUAAAGGCAGGAUUCUCCAAUCAGAAUGAACCGAGAGUUAUGCCAAACGCAAUCAUGAAAGCAAAAAGUGAAAGAAGACGUCCUUUUAUUGGAGAUCAGGUGGAAGAAUGUCGAGAUGCUUCAGGACUCUUCUAUAUUUUGCCACAUCAGAAAGGUUAUUUGGUGAAUUGGGAUGUGCAAAAAACUGUAUGGGAUUACCUGUUUGGAAAAGAUGUCUUCAAUGUAAAUCACUCAAACACCACCAUGAUAGUCACAGAGCCAUACUUCAACUUUACCAGCACACAGGAAGCACUCAGUGAGAUAUUUUUUGAGGAAUAUGACAUUGAUGCAUUACUCAGAAUUAAUGCUGGAGAUCUCUCUGUACACAAAUAUCACCGGGAUAGACCUAGAGAGCUGUGCUGCCUCCUGGUGGAGUCUGGCUUUAGUUUCACACACAUAGUCCCCUAUAUUCAAGGAAAAAAACAAAAGGAUGCCAUUCUAAGAAUUGAUGUUGGAGGAAAAGUUUUGACUAAUCACCUUAAAGAGGUGAUUUCUUACAGGCAACUUAAUGUAAUGGAUGAAACGUAUGUAAUAAACCAAGUCAAAGAAGAUGCAUGCUAUGUAGCUUAUGAUUUUAAUGAGAGUAUGAAGAUAGCACGGAAGAGCAAGGAAUUGAACACAGUCCUUAGAGAUUAUGUUUUGCCUGACUUUACAACAAUUAAACGAGGUUACGUCAGAAACCGGGAGGAAUCUACGGGGAAAGCGACUGCAGGUGAACAGCUGAUUCGUCUGAACAAUGAACGGUUUGCCAUCCCAGAACUUCUCUUCAUGCCAAGUGAUGUUGGUAUUCAAGAGAUGGGAAUGUCUGAGGCCAUUGUCCAUUCCAUCAACAAAUGUCCGGAAGAAACAAGACCUCAUCUGUUUAGAAACAUACUUUUAACUGGUGGCAAUUGCAACUUCGAAGGGUUUAAGGAUCGAGUCUUGAAGGAUGUACGGUCCAUGUCUCCGACUGAAUUUGAAGUAAAUGUAACACUUGCCAAAGGCCCAACAACAUACAGCUGGCGAGGAGGAGCUGCCAUAAGCCGAUCAGCACACUUUCCAGAAAUGCUGGUCACAAAGAGAGAAUGGGAGGAAGAUGGUUUUACAGUUUGUCAGGAAAGAUUCAGUGUAUAAAAAGAUAUUAAGUACA